AAAGCCAUUUUCCAGAAGAAGCCUCUGAUUGGCGUUCAGGGCGACAGCCGUCUGUUUGCAGUGGACUUCUUGGAAGGACGUCCGGCGCGCGGACAGUACUCCGUUUCGAUUUCCGUUUCGAAAAGCGAUUCGCGUUUUGUUUCGAAUUUCGCGCAAAUCCUAAAAGUCGUGGUUUUGACGGAAGUUUCCGUCGAUUUCGGGGAAAUCGCGGUUCUCUUCGGAGACACCGGCGGAACCGCCAAACAGCACCGACUGGAGUUCCCGAAGACGCUGUCGGAGGUCUUGGACGCCGACUCUCAGCAAAGGAUUGUCUUUCGCUUCGCUCUGAAGGACGCGAAGAGCGCCUCAAAGGAGCCAAUGAGCGCUCACCAGACGUUCGUUCGGUUCGCGAACUCCCGUUCGGCACAAGAAGUGGUUUUUGUGGCGGAAAUGGAUUCCGAACUCAAUUUCAAACUCGAUCUCAAUCUCCACUCGAAAGCCAAGGAUUUCCGGCAUUUGAGCGGCGAAUACGAGAUCUCGCUUCUGAUUGGCGAUCCCGUCAUCCAAAACCCCAUCCAUUGGUCGGUCGCCAGAGUUAGGCUCCACUUCGCCGGCGACCAAUCGGAGCGCGAGGCGCCCAAAGACGCGUUCGGCGCCAAACCCGAGAUCCGCCACGAGUUCCGCGCGCACGAGAAGAGGCCGGCGCCCGUCGUGUCGAACGCCUUCUCCGUCCUCGCGCUCCUCCCACUCGCACUGCUCUUCGCUCUCGUGAGUGCACCCAUUGGCCAAUCAGUGUCUGACUCUUCCCUCUCUCCUCCGCAGUGGCUGCGAUUGGGCGUAAACUUCGGGCGCUUUUCGCUCUCACUUUCGGCGCUCGUAUUCCACUCCUCAUUGGCCGCCAUUUUCCUUCUCUACGGCCUCUUCUUCUACACCUUAAAUAUGUUCGAAACGUGCAAAUACUUGACUCCCGUCGCGGCCCUCGCUUUCCUCGCGGGACACCAGUUGUUGGCGCGACUGAACCGAGUCAAGUGA